GUGUUCGGUAGCGCUGCUCAAGUUAUCCGAAAUCCUUUGGCUCAGUGUCAGUUUAGAGGAUCGACUUUAUCCGUUAAUGGUGAACUUCAACAGCAAGCUGCGGCAACACUACGCAGUCGUCAACCUUCCGUGGGUAUUGAUACAGAUAUGGUCAGUGAAUUUGAUCCAAGCAGUUCAGAUUCUGGUGUGGUGGCUCAGUGUUCAGCUGUAAAACCUUUAAAGUUGAGACUAUGUAAACCAAUUUUCGGUCGUAGUAAGGACAAUAAAAUUAAAAAAAGUGAAGAAAAAAGAACUCAAAAAUCACAUAGUGAAAAAGUGAUGUUGCAACAUGCAGUGCCAAGGGUUCAAAAGCCUAGAGAUCCUGAAAGAGAAAAACGUCGUAUUGCUAGAAAAAAAGAAAAACGAGCAACUCUUAUUUUGGGUCUGAUAAUGGGAUCUUUCAUAGCAUGCUGGUUGCCAUUCUUUUUCAUGUAUAUAUUAAGACUUUGUUAUAAUAUUCCCGGAAUAGCAUUUUCAACAGCGUUUUGGCUAGGGUACAUGAACUCUGCACUUAAUCCUGUUAUUUACACAAUUUUUAAUAAGGACUUUCGAAGAGCGUUCAGGCGCAUUUUAUUUAAGUGAUGUUUAGCUUAUGUGUGCUGCUAUGAAUGCGUUAGUCGACGAAUACGUACCGCACAAUAUCGCAGCGCACCAAGUGCCCUAUAUCGUCACUGAACUAAUCGACAAUCCUUUUGUGCAGGAUUCUGCUAAAUAAAGUAAUUUCCAAUAUUUCAGUUUAUAUACAUAUUACAUACACAUUUACAUGUACAUACAUUUUUUCUGUAUUUCUAUAUCUGGAUAAGGAUUCCUAGAUUUUAACAGAAAUCUUUUCAUCUCUCAU